CAACAGAGGAAGGAAAAGAUGCAGUUCAAGAUGGGGAGCGUCCUGCUGUCUCUUCUUUUCUGGUACAAAGCUGUGAUGGCCCUCUCCCCAGGAGAGGAUGAGAGACUGGAGCUGUGGCAUAGCAAGGCUUGCAAAUGUGACUGCCAAGGAGGCCCUAACUCAGUGUGGUCCAGCGAGAAUAAUGGCUUAGAGUGCAUGCCAGAGUGUCCCUACCACAAGCCCCUGGGCUUUGAGUCUGGUGCCGUCACCCCAGAUCAGAUCAGCUGCUCCAACCCUGAGCAGUACACGGGCUGGUACUCCUCCUGGACAGCCAACAAGGCCCGCCUCAAUGGCCAAGGCUUUGGGUGUGCGUGGCUCUCCAAAUACCAGGACACUGCACAGUGGCUGCAGAUCGACCUGAAGGAGGUGAAGGUGAUUUCGGGGAUCCUCACACAAGGGCGCUGUGAUGCUGAUGAGUGGAUGACCAAGUACAGCGUACAGUACCGCACCGACGAAAACCUCAACUGGGUGUACUACAAGGACCAGACUGGGAACAACCGGGUUUUCUACGGCAACUCCGAUCGCUCGUCCUCGGUGCAGAACCUGCUGCGGCCGCCCAUCGUGGCCCGCUACAUCCGCCUGAUCCCGCUGGGCUGGCACGUGCGCAUCGCCAUCCGCAUGGAGCUCCUCGAGUGCCUGGCCAAGUGCGGCUGAGCGCC